GACUCCAGAUGUACCCUUCAAAGAAACAACCUGUCUUGUCAUAACGGUUUAGGGUCAAUUCGUCCGAUGAGAAGGUGUUCUCGCCCCGCUCUCCCGGUCCCCGGUCUCCCUCCCACUCUAUCUCUCGGUGUUUUAUGUCUGCGUCACAACAAGUCGGUCGAGAGAGAGGCAGGGAUGAUGGCGUCUCUCGCGGGUUGAUUCUAGUACUGCUCUGACAAACACGCUUAAUAGCAUCAGUAGAUGGAGAAAUGAGAGUAAAGGCACGGGAACAUGACGAAACGACGUCGCGGAGGACAGACAGAGAGAGAGAAACGGACGGACAGACGCCUUUCCCGCUGACAGCUUGACUGACAUCCGCGUUUGGCACAGGGACAUACAUGCACAUCCACUUGUGCACACACGUAGGCUGCACAUCCAACCGGCCAGUAAUUGGGAAGAGGAAAACAGGGGAGCUGAAACAUUUCAUGUCAAGUCUGCACAGGAAUAGCUGUGACCCCGACAGAAAGGAGUUCGACUUGACAGGAUGGGGGGAGUAAGUGAAGGAGAUGAUGUUUUAGCUCGAUGGAGUGAUGGACUACUGUACCUAGGCAAUGUGAAAAGGGUAGAUGGAGUAAAGCAAUGUUGCUUGGUGAGGUUUGAAGACAACUCGGAAUUCUGGGUCCUAAGAAAGGACAUCCACUCAUUCUCUAUUGGUGUGGAAGAAGUUUGCUGUAUAUGUGACGCCCCGCCUCUGAAAGAACCCCUCGUGAUUUGUCUUAAAUGCCGUCAUGGUUAUCAUCCAGAGUGCCACACUCCGUCCAUCGAACCGGAAGCUGACAGCAAUUCAUGGAUAUGUCGGCAAUGUGUCUUUGCAGUCGCCACCAAGAGAGGCGGAGCACUUAAACGAGGACGCUUUGCUCGUCUCAUGCAAAUCAUGAAACUGCGGCUGCCCUAUCAGCUGUCGUCUUUGGACUGGGAUCCACAGCAUCUGACCAACCAGCAGCAGUGUUAUUGCUAUUGUGCAGGCCCUGGAGAGUGGAACUUGAAAAUGUUGCAGUGCGGAAGUUGCGGGCAGUGGUUUCAUGAAGCUUGUACACAGUGUCUGACCAAACCAUUACUCUAUGGAGACAGGUUCUAUCAGUUUCAGUGCUCAGGAUGUGCAAAUGGACCAGAGACCAUUCAGAGGCUACCCAUGAGCUGGGUGGAUUUGGCCCAUCUGGUGCUCUACCACCUCUCCUUGUGCUGCAAGAGAAAAUACUUUGAUUUCGACCAUGAAAUUCUGUCGUUUACCAAUGAAAAUUGGGAAUCCUUGCUUCUAGGCUUGCUUUCUGACACACCAAGGCAAGAUCGGUGUCACAAUCUGCUCAAUGCUCUCAACUCCAACAAGGACAGGUUUGUCUCUGGUAAGGAGAUAAAAAAGAAGAAGUGUCUUUUUGGACUUCAGGUCAGAGCUCCGCCUCCGCUGACCUCUGAUUUGUCCCCUCUCAUCACUGACCCGCCCAUUAACAUCACACAUAGGAGAAGGUCAGACCCAUUGUCGCUGGCCUGUCAGAGGAGAGCAGGAGGAGCGGAGUCACGUAAAUCAAAGCGGAGCAUCAUGGAGACACAGCCUUGUCCACCCCCGGUUGCUGCCAACUCCAUAGAUCUGGUGCCAUGUUGCCAUGGCUACGUAGGUGGGGCAAACCUCUAUAACUCCAGGAAGGAGGAGGAGCUCAACUUGGGUUCUCCCCCUAAGAGAAUGUUUGCCCUGUAUCAUCCCACCUAUAGUGGAGCCCCAAACAUAUCCAGAGCACUGCAUAACUACAGUAGUGAGGACCCCUGCAGAUUGCCACCCCCCUGCCUCCCCUUCUCCGUCUCAUCCUCCCAUCACAACCUCCACCAUAAUCACAACCAUCAACAGCACAACAACCACCUGCACCACCUGCACCACCCACACCACCAACACCACAACCAGCACCAGACAGGUCAGAAGCUGGAGCCGUGCCCUUCCCUGCUCCUGCGUGACCUCGCCCCGUAUGCAGGUGGGAUGGGGGGAGGUGGAGGUGGAGGAGGAGGGGGUGGAGGGGGUGACGGGGCAUCAGCCAGAGCCUGGGGGGGCGGGGAGGCAGUGAGGAUCUUGGCCAGACGAGUCACGCCAGAUGGGAAGGUGCAAUACCUGGUGGAGUGGGGGAACGUGAGUGUGUACUGAAAAAUCGAGAGAGGGAGAGGUUUGGGAAGGUUUUCAAAAACUCCAUGGUGCUUUGAAGAGAGGUCAGAAAACAGAGAAGGAGGGACAGUGAAAGAGAGAGAGAGAUAAUGACUGCAGGUAUAGGUGCCACUUGAAAUGUGGCUAGAAAUACAAGCAACACAAAAUUCCCAUGUUGCAAAUCCAGGUUGCUCUAAAAUAUCACCUCUGUUCAAUAUCAUUCUGCUACAUGUUACUAUAUCUCCCUCUUUGCUAGUGUUUCUCUUAUAUUUAUACAGUAUACCUUUGAAAUAUGCCUUCGCAUUUAUCACAUUUAUGUUAAAAGAUGUAUAUACAGUGAUCGAAAAGGACUCCUUUGUUCCUUUUUGUCAUACUUGAUUCAUACAUUCAUAUGAUGUAAUAGAAAUAGGAGCCGCAAGGGGGCUUUUGUUUUAUAGUUAGAUUUCUAUAGUCACAAUAUAUAACUCAAUGAUUUCUACUGAUGUGGUUGCAUAGUGCCUAUCUGAAUUGUGUACCUGCUGACUGAUCCACUGAUAAAAAUGUAUGUAACCUGGCACGCAGUUAUUUAGAUCAUAUUGCCAUUGUACAAUUGAUCAAUACUGUUUUCUUUCUUAAACUGCUAGGAACACAUUCUCAAAAAUAUUAAAACACCUCAUUUAAGCAUAUGUUUGUACAACAUUAUUCAAGACUGGUGAUAAUAAAGUAUUUAUUAAGUCUUUAUGACUAUUCUUAGCAUAUCAAUAGAAAUAACUUUACGAUUGGGUGUUUCUCCACAGUAUUGGAAAUUAAGGGGGGAACUAUCCAUACCAUUUUAAGCCCUUUGUGUUUUUAGAGGAAAAAAGCAUCAGGAAAAAGUUGUCAGUGGGUGGAAUUGAGGGCAAAUAUCUACAAAUGGUCUAUAGGGGCAUUUUCACCUGGCACAUCAAGAAAGUAGUGUACUGUAUUUAAUGCAGAGUCCACCCCUCUUGACGAUGACAUGUAAACCACAUCAGUCAUCUUUGAAUAGUUUUAAACCUAGCAUAGCAUUUUAUUUGUUUUUUCUUUUUCUACUAAAAAUAGGUUUCACUGUUUACUUUUUGCCUAAUGAAAACAAAUAAUAUUUGCCAUACGGUAAAUGCCAAUAUGGGCUUUGAAUUUUGUCUUUGUUCAGAGGACUUUGUGAAAUAUUUUUCCAGCUAUAUGUUUUACACUUUAUAACUACCCUUUAUGUGCCAUUCAUAAACAGUUGAAGAUUAACCAACCUAGAUGUGCUAGAUUCUUUAUGAAUGCUGUAUUAUCACCACUCUAAUAGUACAUUUUUUACAUUUAUUUUCAUGCAAAUGUGAGUAAUGUGUGUAAUUUGACUAUUUUAAGCUGUUUCAAUUUCUCCUAAUUCAUUACGGGUUAAAAGGCUAUUGAAAUGCCUCAUAAAGGUUGUGUUGGCAUCUUUAGGGCAUAGACAAAAGGAGUCAACACCUACUGUAUCUUCCAGGUUACAAUGAGGACAAAGACUCAGAUGGCUCUAUUUCAAACUGGCUCUCAAACUUCUUGUUAUUCUUUGUACGUCUGUUUGGUGUAACCAGUACAGCAACAAGUUUAAUCAGGAUUUAAUAGUGUUGUGGGUUGUCUAUCCAGCCAUAUCCAUAUCUACAAUAUGCAGUGUUGGAAUUUGACAUGACCAUGCAUAUUUGUGAAAAUGAAAACUCUAGCCUAGAUAGAAUAUCAUACUGCUAGUUUCAGAGUUUAUAUUUAUACAGAACUUUAUUUAGCAUUUUGUUGGAUGAAACAAAUAUAAAUCUGUAAACUAUAAUGGUUUAUCUUCCAGAAAGUCAAAUCAGAGGUAUAGUUAAAAUAAGUGAAUAGGCAGUUAUACUGUUAUUACCAUGUCAAGACCAAACCUUCUCAUUUUGAAAGGCAAACUUAACAUGUUAACAUCUCUUGCCAAGUUGAUUGAGGCAGUAUUGGACAAACAGUGGCUUUGGUAUGCUUCUAAACAGCAGUGCAUGUCCAAUACACAUCCCAGUACAUUAAUGUCAUUUUGAUCAUUCUAAGUGAAUUUGCCUGUAGUGUAAUACGAAGGGGUGUGUUGAGCCGUCUGUUAGAAGAUGGUGAUGAAUGUAUUUGUGUGUUUUUUUUAUGGUAUGUCUAUGCCCGUCAACUGUUUGUUAGGUUAUAGAUGGAACUGAAUGACAACUAAUGUGACAGGGGGAAUCAGGAUAUGAGUAAGAAACAAAAAAGCUGAGAGUAUAGUCGUCUUCUUUUGCUUUGUUGUCACGUCCAAGUUUGGUUCAAUGUAUUUUUGGACUUUUGGUCAAAAUAGGUUUGUACAUGUAAACCCUAUGUUGACACACCUAAUAUGUAAACUGAAAAAUAAAGAAAACGUAUCUCAUC